AUACAAGAAUUGCAGGAGAGACAAUGCAGGAUAGGACGAUUAGGCUAGCAUGAGUUUUUUCAAAGAUAUUGAAGCAAAGAAGCGUCUGUCCUUGUCCCGGAGUUUCCUACUUUUUCCGCGACUGUCGCUCAAGUCAAUUCGGAAUUCUUGGUUUUGACUCGUGCGCACGAUAGUGAUAUUUUAUGAUAAAUAUAUUCGCAGCUCGACUGCGACUUUUGACGAUGUCUGUAAUAAAAAAACCCGAGGUAUUGUUUGUUUUGGGAGGUCCAGGUGCUGGUAAAGGUACUUUGUGUUGGUAUAUUAUAAAAGAAUAUGGUUAUGUACAUUUGUCGGCUGGUGACUUGUUAAGAGAAGAACGUGCAAAACCGGGUUCUGAAUACGGAGAACUGAUCGAAAAUCACAUUAAAAAUGGGACGAUUGUGCCCGUAGCUAUCACUUGUAGCCUUUUGGAUCGCGCAAUGCAAACGUCCGAUAAUCCGAAUAAAAGAUUUUUGAUCGACGGUUUCCCACGAAAUCAAGAUAAUGUUGAUGGAUGGAACGAGGCAAUGUCUGACAAAUGUUUGGUGAAAGGAGUAUUAUUUUGCGAAUGUAGCAAAGAAGUGUGCACGCAACGAUGUUUGAAGCGUGGAGCUGACGGAAGCGGGCGAAGCGACGAUAACGAAGAAGUUUUGGCAAAGCGGCACGAAACUUAUAUUACCAAUACCAUGCCUAUAAUCGAGCAUUUCGAUAAAGAAGGCUUGUUGUACAAAAUAAACAGUAUGCAAUCACCGGAUCAAGUAUUUGCAGAUGCUGUGAAAAUUUUAUCCAAAAUAGGAUGGUAAUGCGAUUAAUAAAAAUGUUUGCAUAAACAGAUUCCAAUGGUCUAGAGGGGAUCGAGAUUUACUCUAUUUGUGUCUAAUUAUAUUUUAUCGAAUAAUUUCCUUUCUAGCAGUAUAGCAAACACUUUGUAUUGCAUUUAAUUGCAUUUAUAAAAAUAUUAGAUUGUUUUAGUCCAAAGGUAUGCGGUCUUAUUUUGGGUGAAUGUUUCUGUGGGAAGACACAGAAUUUUUUGAUAGAAAAUGAUGCGUUUAGUUGUUCCACUAUAUUAUACAUAGUUUAUAUCGUAGAUUCGCGAAACAGUUAUUCCAUGCGAGAGAGUUGUUGGGGAUAGCUGGAAUUUAAUGCUAGUUUGAAAUAAGUGUAGGAAUUGUAGAAAUUUAAAUAAAAUAAACAAAAAAUAGAAAUAACUUUGGUAUUUGAAAUAUAUUUUUGAUGCAAUAAUAAUUUGUUCUCGCUACUUGUGCCUUUGAAAGCCUGCAUUUUAAACUAUGCUUCUAUAAUACAGAUAAUACAGAUAAUAAGAGGACUUUGUAAUUAAAUGUACAUUACAGUUGCCAAUGUUAUAUAAUAUAUUGCAUAUGUAAAUGGAAACAUUUAAAUACCUUAUGUAAUAAAAAUUUCAUUUCAAAAUGUU